CCUUUUAAACUGAUCUUUACUGAAACUGGUUACGAGCCUCGACUCGGUACCACACCCACCGUAUUUGUCAAUUUUUUCGGUAUAAAAGCCACCAACGAGCCCCCAAUCCUCAUCAUUUGCAUUACAGCAAUACACCACACAACUCAAAAAUGGCCGCUAAGAUUGUUGUUUUCUUCGCCGCUUUGGCUGCCGCCAACGCCGGUUACUUAGGAGCCCCUGCCGUGUCUACCUAUGCCGCCGCCCCCGCCAUCUCCUACGCCGCCCCGGCCGUAGCCAGCUACGCCGCUCCCGCCGUCGUGGCUAAAGCCGCCCCAGUCGCCACCUCCUACUCCUACACCGCCCAAGCCACCCCCGCCUACGCCGCUUAUGCCGCCCCUGUUGCCAAAGUCGCCGCUCCCGUAGCUGCCUACGCCGCCCCAGUCGCCGUAGCUCAUGCCGCCCCAGCCGUAGCCGCCUACGCCGCCCCUGUUGCCCAUGCCCCAGUUGCUGUAGCUCAUGCCGCCCCCGCCGUCUCUGUACACCCAGCCCCAGUCGCUAGAUACGCCGCUCCCGCCAUCGGCUACGCUCAUGCCGCCCCUGCCCUCGGCUACUCCGCCGGUUUUGCUCAUGCCGCUCCCGCCAUCGGCUACUCCGCCGGUUAUGCUCAUGCCGCCCCCGCCCUCGGCUACGCCGCCGGUUACGCUCAUGCCGCCCCAGCUUUCGGCUACGCCGCCCCCCACGCCAAAUUCUUCUAAAUGUACAUAAUCAAAAUGAGGAAAAUUCAGUAUAAUAUUGUUGGAGUCUGAAUUUUCAGAGGGUGCCAAACUGUAAUGCAAAUGAUUCGAUUUUAAUUUAUUUUCUGUACAGAUUUGUAACUUUUUGUAGAGCACAUUGUAUUUAUUUUUGUUGCACAUAAACAUAUUGUACUGAGUUUUUAAAUAAAAAUUAAUUAAUUA